AGGGCGGCGGCGGCGGCGGCGGCGGCAGCGGCGGCGGAGCAGGAUGGAGAUCCCCGUGCCUGUGCAGCCGUCGUGGCUGCGCCGCGCCUCGGCCCCGCUGCCCGGGCGCCUCUUCGACCAGCGCUUCGGCGAGGGACUGCUGGAGGCCGAGCUGGCUGCGCUCUGCCCCGCCGCGCUGGCCCCCUACUACCUGCGCGCACCCAGCGUGGCGCUGCCUACCGCCCAGGUGCCGACCGACUCCGGGCAUUUCUCGGUGCUUCUGGACGUGAAGCACUUCUCGCCGGAGGAAAUCGCCGUCAAGGUGGUUGGCGAACAUGUGGAGGUGCAUGCGCGCCACGAGGAGCGCCCGGAUGAGCACGGAUACAUCUCGCGCGAGUUCCACCGCCGCUACCGCUUGCCGCCUGGCGUGGAUCCUGCCACCGUGACGUCCGCGUUGUCGCCUGAGGGUGUCCUGUCCAUCCAGGCCGCACCCGCGCCGGCCCAGGCCCCACUCCCGUCGCCGCCGGCUGCUGCCAAGUAGGGGUCUGG